AUGUGGAAGUUCAGGACGGCAUGGGACAGCGACGGCCACCCGCUGCUGCACAGCCUGAACGGCAACGUGGGGCGCCAGGUGUGGGUCUACGACCCUGAGGCGGGCACCCCCGAGGAGCGGGCCAGGGCGGAGGAGCUGCGCCGCAAGUUUGCGGAGAACAGGCUGCAGCAGAAGCACAGCGCCGAUGAGCUGCUGAGGCUGCAGAGCGAGGGGCAGCGACGCAGCGGGCCUUUCCCAGUGGACAAGUCGUGGCUAGGCGUAGGCGGCAGCGCGCCAGCAGCCGCAGAAACCGUGGAGGCCGCGCUUCGCAACGGCGUCUCCUUCUAUGAAGGCCUGCAGGCCGAGGACGGGCACUGGCCAGGCGACUACGGCGGGCCCAUGUUCCUCAUGCCCGGCAUGGUCAUCGCCCUGUACACCACCGGCACCCUGGACAGCGUGCUCAGCCCGCAGCACAAGGCCGAGAUGGUGCGUUACCUGCGCAACCACCAGAACGCCGACGGCGGCUACGGGCUGCACAUUGAGGGGACCAGCACCAUGUUUGGCACGGUGCUGAGCUACGUCACGCUGCGCCUGCUGGGGGUGGGCCCAGACGACGCCACGCUGGCCCCAGCGCGGACAUGGAUCCAUGAGCGCGGCGGCGCCCACGCCAUCACCUCCUGGGGCAAGUUCUGGCUGGCGGUGCUGGGCGUGUACAGCUGGGAGGGGCUGAACCCCCUGUCGCCGGAGAUGUGGCUGCUGCCCUACGCCAGCUGGACGGGCAUCGGCUGGCUGCACCCGGGCCGCUUCUGGUGCCACUGCCGCAUGGUCUACCUGCCCAUGUCUUACGUGUACGGCGUGCGCGGCACGUGCCGCGCCACCCCGCUGACCGAAGCGCUGCGCCAGGAGCUCUACCCGCUGCCCUACGCCAAGAUCGACUGGAAUCAGGCCAGGAACUUGUGCGCCAAGGAGGACCUGUACUACCCUCACCCGCUCAUCCAGGACGUGCUGUGGUGGGCGCUGUACAAGGCAGAGCCGCUGCUGCUGGGCUCGCGCCUGCGCGGCGCGGCGCUGGCGGAGUGCAUGAAGCACAUUCACUAUGAGGACGAGAACACUCGGUAUGUGGACAUCGGACCCGUGAACAAGGUCAUCAACAUGCUGGCCUGCUGGUUUGAGGACCCGGGUUCCCAGGCAUUCAAGCGCCACCUGCCCAGGCUGCUUGACUACCUGUGGGUGGCAGAGGACGGCAUGAAGAUGCAGGGCUACAACGGCAGCCAGCUGUGGGACACAGCAUUCGCGGUGCAGGCCAUCGCCUCCACUGGGAUGGCGGGAGAGUUCUCUCGCUGCCUCAAGCGGGCCCACGAGUACCUUGAGCAGUCGCAGGUGGUGGAGGAGGCACAGCAGCCUUUGUCUGAGUACUACCGCCACAUCAGCAAGGGUGCCUGGCCCUUCUCCACCCGGGACCACGGCUGGCCCAUCUCGGACUGCAGCAGCGAGGGCCUCAAGGCAGCGCUGGUGCUGGCGCAGAUGGAUCCCAAGCUGGUGGGCCCCCCCAUCCCGGAGCCCCGGCUGUGCGACUGCGUCAACGUGGUGCUGUCGUACCAGAAUGGGGAUGGCGGGUGGGCUACGUACGAAAACAAGCGCUCGUUUGAGAUGCUGGAGAUCAUCAACCCCAGCGAGACAUUUGGCGAGAUUGUGGUGGACUACAACCACGUGGAGUGCUCCUCCGCCUGCAUCACAGCGCUGACGGCGUUUGCCGGGCGCUACCCGGCGCACCGCGCGCACGAGAUUGGCGCGGCGCUGCGCCGAGGCAUCAAGUACCUGAAGAGCAUCCAGCGCCCCGACGGCAGUUGGUAUGGCAACUGGGGCGUGUGCUUCACGUAUGGCACGUGGUUUGGGUGCGAGGCGCUGGCCGCGGUCGGGGAGACGCACGGCAGCAGCGCGUCGGCGCGGGCAGCCUGCGCCUUCCUGCUGCAGAAGCAGCGCUCCGACGGCGGCUGGGGCGAGAGCUACCUGUCGUGCCAGGACAAGGCAUACAGUCAGCUGGAAGGAGAGCAGCCGCACGCUGUGAACACGGCGUGGGCGAUGCUGGCGCUGCUUGCGGCGGGCUACGAGCAGGUGGACCGCAAGCCGCUGGAUGCGGCGGCGCGGUGUCUCAUCCGCCUGCAGGAGGAGAGCGGGGACUGGCCGCAGCAGCACAUAAGCGGCGUGUUCAACCGCAACUGCAUGAUCACCUAUGCCAACUACAGGAACAUCUUUCCUAUCUGGGCCCUGGGCGUGUACCGCUCCAAGGUGCUGAAGCAGCAGUAG